UCUCUCUUCCUCCAUCACACCUCUCUCUCUGAAGGAUAUUACUGCAUCAAUCUGUCAAACAAACAACUUAAAGGACUAAAACAGAUAGUGUGUGUCGACAUGCUGGCUACUCUGGAGACGAUGGGUUAUAUCCCAGGCUGGCCCGGUCCUACCCAGACCCCGGUAGAGGUGGACCUGGACGUCAUAGAGGAAUAUCUACAGGAACACUCCCUGGACGUCCAACACACGCCUCCUACGCCUCCUGCCACGCCCGCUCAGCAAACACACACACACUCACACCAACACCAGGAGACCAGCGUCAUAGAGAACAGCUGGUCUGGUCAGUAUGCCUACCAGUGGCAUUAUGACUAUACUUCUCUUAAUAAGGAAUAUGAAAAACAGGCUCCGCCCACAGAAUGGCCUCGUCUUCAUGGCAACCACUGGGAUUCCAGUGAGACAACUCCCUGCAGUGAGUCUGACUCCUCCAGCUCCCUCUGUCUAGACUACCCUCCAUCCUCUCCCUCCGACGCUCUCUCCUGCCCCCCUGCUGAGAGGAGAGGCAGGAAGACGAGCGAAAUACUGCCCCUCACAUCACACUCAGGAAAGAAGAAGGAACGUCUGUUCCACUUUCUGUUUGAGAUGCUACAGACCCCCUCCAUGCGGAGCUGCAUCUGGUGGGUACAGUCCUGCUCCGGCACCUUCCAGUUCUCCUCCCAGAACAAGGAGCGUCUGGCCCAGCUGUGGGGCCGAAGGAAGGGAAAUCGCAAGACCAUGACAUACCAGAAGAUGGCUCGAGCACUCAGAAACUACAGCAGAACAGGAGAGAUCUGUAAGGUGAAGAGGAAGCUCACGUACCAGUUUAGUGAGGGAACACUGAGGGGGCUGCAGGGAGCGUGUUAGGGAGAGGGAGAAGGAGGAACAUAUGCUAGCACAGUUACCUGGCAGGGCACAAAGAUAAAUACUGAGUAUUUGUAGGAUGAGGAAGUAGAAGAAGAGGAGCAAGAGGAAGAGGAGGAGGAGCAGGGGGAGGAGGAAGAGGAGGAGAAGAAGGAAGAGUAUGAAGAGGGGGAGGAGGAAAAAGAGCAGGAGGAGGAAGAGGAACAACAUCACCCUAACCCCCAACCCUUCUGUCUUCAACAGGUAGACACCAUGUAGACGGGGUCUUCAAUAUGUAGAAGCUAGGGAAAGGGCCUUCAACAUGUAGAAGCUAGGGAAAGGGCCUUCAACAUGUAGAAGCUAGGGAAAGGGUCUUCAACAUGUAGAAGCUAGGGAAAGGGUCUUCAACAUGUAGAGACU